AUAGCACGCGUCUUAUAAUGAAGUGGAUCCUGCUGGUUGUAAUAGUGGCGUUUCUGGGAAUUUCAAAAGCACAGAUAUGUAACCUUAAUUGCACAGGAAGUGGAACUGAAUUCCUUUGCGGAAAAACUGUGAGAAAUGGCAGGGAAAUCAGAUGCACCUACAGGAAUCCCUGCGAAAUGGAUCGGAAUGCCUGUCAGAGACGGGAAGUAUGGAGAAAAGACACAACAGGUCGAUGCACACGCGACUCGGAUGAAUGCAGGAGGUAGGGGGAAAAUGACCCGGCGCAGGAGAAGCAGCUGGAUAUUUUUAAGAAUUGUAUAAAUAUUGACACAAUUGACAACACGAAAUAUACAAAAUAUAUAUUUUUUGACAGUCCCUAAAAA